AUGGAUGAAACCGGUUGCCCGACCGUGCCAAACAGACCUGUCAAAACCAUCGCGCGCAAAGGACAAAAGCAGGUCGGCUCAUCAACAUCUGCCGAAAAAGGCACCAAUGUGUCUUUGGCUUUGGCCGUCAGCGCUAGUGGCCAGUCUAUACCGCCAUUCUUCCUCUUUCCCCGAGUCAACAUGAAAGAGAUUUUUAUGACUCAUGCGAGUCAUGGCGCUGUUGGUGUUGCGAACGGUUCUGGUUACAUGAACUCUGACGUAUUCCCUCAAUUCAUGCGUCAUUUCAUCAAGCACACCGGUGCUAAUGCCGAUUCGCCAACCAUGUUGCUGCUGGACAACCACGGUUCGCAUUUAUCGAUCGAGGUGAUAGAUUUGGCGUUGGAUCAUGGCAUCACGUUGCUGUCUUUUCCGCUGAAAUGCACGCACAAAAUGCAGCCGCUAGAUGUUGCGAUGUUGGCCUAA